AACCAGCCACGCGUUUCCUCCAGCGAUCAUAUCAUAUCCCACACACACACACACACACAGAUAUAUAUAUAUAUAUAUAAUAUAUCUGAUGUGGUUGGCUGAUAUUUGAUUAAGAUUGGGUGAUUGAUUGCCGAAAGAAAGAAACAACAUUAGAAUUAGAAAUAGAAUCAGAAUGGAUUUGGUAGAUAAGGCAAAGAAUUUUGUAGCAGAAAAGGUGGCGAACAUGCCGAAGCCGGAGGCCAGCGUUACCGACGUAGAUCUUAAAGGAAUUAGCCGGGAAUGCAUCACCUAUCAGGCUAAGGUUUCCGUCAAGAAUCCCUAUAGCGUCCCCAUUCCCAUCUGCGAGAUCUCUUACGUUCUCAAAAGCGCCACCAGGGUGAUCGCGUCUGGUAACAUACCGGAUCCAGGGUCGCUGAAGGGGGAUGAGACGACCCUGUUGGAGGUUCCGGUGAAGGUGCCGCACAGCGUGCUGUUGAGUUUGGCCAGAGACAUCGGGAGAGAUUGGGACAUCGAUUACGAAUUGGAUCUUGGUCUCAUCAUCGACCUCCCUGUCAUUGGAAACUUCACCAUUCCCUUGUCUCAGAAGGGCGAAAUCAAGCUCCCUACUUUCUCUGACUUGUUUGGUGGUGGUGGUAAAUCCAAGGAUGAUGAAACUGCUGCUGCUGAAUGCUGAUGAUAAGUGAAAGUGAAAGACCUGCUUCCAAUAUGAUCAAUAAAGCAGAUAGAUGCAUCUGGGCUUGGCUGAUAAGAUGUUGCUAUUAUUAGUCAAUAAAUGGGAUACUGAUUUGUAUUAGUUGCAGCUUAUGAUCCUUUGUCUUACAGUCGAUGAUGAUACGUUAUUUGUAUUGGGAAGGCAACAAGAUGGUGAAAUUAGCGAGUAAUCUUCCUAUUCUCUGUACAAUUGCCCUGGAACACUAUCUUCUAUACGAGCACCUGAACUUGCCAAGUCA